GGGGUUAGCCGCCAGGGGAGUGCAUUUUUCUUCCAGUGCACGGUCCUACCCAAGGAGAAAGCGAAGAAGGAAAGAUACUGGACGCAAAGGAGGAAAGGAAGAGAUACAGAGAGAGAAGAGACCGAUUUCUACCCCUCCUCUUUCCUUCUCUCUCUCUUCUCUACUCCCGUGCAUCACAGCCUGGUGGGCUUUACCCGGACUGCACCGCAUUGACGCUGCUGCUGCCGACCCAACCCAAUGAAUUAACAUCAUACACAUAUUCGCAGAGGAUCUGGGUUUUCGCACAGCUGAAAACUGGAUGUUGUGCUGAUUUGUGCGUGCAUAUGCAACAAUUCCCUCUCUCUGGAUCCGGACACGGACUCGCUGUCCUGCUAAUGCCAAGACUUUGAAAACGAGGAGGAGGCGGCGUUUUGGAGAUUAUUGCAGCUGCAGUGCAAAUAGUGCAGAAGAAGACACUGGGAUACUUGCAAGUUUGCAGAGCGAAUGUAACCCUGUGCUAUUUAUUCUACGGUUUCCAACAUGGGUGUUGACUAAAAAGAAGAUUAUCCCCCGAGCUCCACAGAGGUGUGAUGAUCAUGCACUCGUGAAGAUUGAAACUGCGCUCAGUAAUUUCCUGGAUCAUGCAGAUUCUGCCGCCUAGGACGUUAUUCGUGUUACUGGCCCAUAUACCUGUAUUGCUAUCUUUGAGAAAUAAUGGGGGAGUUCGGAUUAAAGAUGAGAGCAACAGCAGCCCGUACUCUGGCAAGACUUUCCAGGGGUCUCUCCGGGAGAGUCAUCAAAACAAAGCCCGGGACCGUGCGCUCUUGCCCGAGUACGCCACAGGUGCGUCUUCGGCAGAGCUGCAGGCACAGCGGGCAAUUAUCAGAGGAACCCUUAACUCCACUCACCCCUGGAAGAGGGUAAUUGCAGAAGAAAUCCGGCGAAAUGGACACAGCAAACGCGACUACAAUAGGACUCUGACACCCGUGGAGGAUCCCAACGCCGUCUCACAUUGGGACUCGACGCGCCACCAUAAUAGGAGGAUAAAGUUGAAUGGCGGGUUUAGUAGUACGGGGACGCCAGCAGGUGGACACUACAAUGCGGCUAAGCCCUCUUCAAUGGGUUGGGGAGACGGAGGAGGGGGACCCGAGGAGGGCGAGAGGCACAAGAGAGGCACAAAAGAUGAACAGAAGAAAGCGUGGAAGAGGGGGAGAAACCGGCUGAACAAAAGCUCUGUAGUUCUGGCUCAACCUCAUGCGUCACCGUGGGAACCCAUGCCCAAACCGGUGGCCCUCACCUCCACCGAACUGCCCUUUGACCUCUUCACCAGGAGGAGUGAGUUUUUCACUUUCCGAGAGGAGAACCCCUGGGACGCCACGCCGAUCACCCCUCCCAGCUCGCAGGAUUUCGAGAACGAGAUCAAGAACCCUUUUUACCCGGUGACGAGUGAGACUUACGGCGCUUACGCGAUCACGUGCGUCUCGGGGGUCAUUUUCCUGGUGGGCAUAGCGGGAAACAUUGCCAUCCUGUGCAUCGUGUGCCAGAACUACUACAUGAAGAGUAUCUCCAACUCUCUGCUAGCAAAUUUAGCUGUGUGGGAUUUUGUGCUCAUCUUCUUCUGCCUGCCCAUGGUGGUGUUCCACGAACUGACGAAGUCCUGGCUGCUGGGAGAAUUUGCCUGCAAAGUAGUGCCCUAUGUGGAGGUGGCCUCCCUGGGUGUGACCACCUUCACCCUGUGUGCUCUGUGCAUCGACCGCUUCCGUGCAGCCACCAAUGUCCAGAUGUACUACGAGAUGAUAGAGAACUGCACAUCUACUACCGCCAAGCUAGCCGUCAUCUGGAUCGGCGCCCUCCUCUUGGCACUCCCGGAGCUCCUCAUUCGACAGCUCGUGGCAGAGGACACGGGAAUCCCAGAUGAGCCCCCUGUGGAACGCUGCAUUAUCAGGAUAUCCACUUCACUGCCUGACAUGCUCUAUGUGCUGGGCCUGACGUACGAGGGUGCUCGGCUGUGGUGGUGCUUUGGCUGCUACUUUUGUCUCCCCACUCUCUUCACAAUCGGCUGCUCAUUAGUGACGGCGCGCAAGAUUCGGCAUGCAGAACAGGCCAGCGUGCGCAGCAACAAGAAGCAGAUCCGGUUAGAGAGCCAGAUGAACUGCACAGUCGUCGCGUUGGCGAUCGUCUACGGCGCGUGCGUGGUGCCUGAGAACAUCUGCAACAUAGUUUCUGCCUACAUGGCGGCCGGAGUUCCUGAGCAUACCAUGUCCGUGCUCCAUCUCCUCUCCCAGUUGCUGCUCUUUUGUCGGGCCGCCGUGACACCGGCACUGCUGCUCCUCUUGUGUCGUCCGCUAGGCAGGGCCUUCCUGGACUGCUGCUGUUGCUGCUGCUGCUGUAACCACGCCCCCUCCUCAGCCACAGCGAGUGACGACAAUGAACACGAGUGCACUACCGAGCUGGAGCUGUCGCCGUUCAGCACCAUCCGCAGGGAGCUGAGUAACUACACACCUGCUGGGUCCAAUUGCUAGACUGACAUUACCAUCAGGGAAGGUGAUGUCACUAGCCUGAUAUCUGCCUGUGGCUAGUAUUUCUCAGACUCGGUUAGGGGAGAUUUGCCUUACCUAGUCCACUUACAUCUCUAAAUGGGUGCAUGAAGGAAGUUGGGUGCUCUAAAUACGUUCAUCCCGUUAUUCAAGAUCAUCAACUUUACCAUAUUUGUAUAACUGUUUUUCCAGGACAUUUAAGAAAAGGCAAAGUUGUCUUUCCACUCUUGCCAUGGGGUGCUUCUAAAACUUGGUCAGUACUUAUUUUUAGCAGUCCUGCCUGAAACCUUUAAGACUUACUCACUUCCCUUUUGUAGGCCUUGUUUAGCUAAAUGUUUUGGGGCAGUUGUAAUGACCUCCUAACUAGUUGAGGCCUGGUUCUUCACAAGUUAAAGAAAUAAUCUAAUUUGGAGUAUUUACACUGUACAGUGUAAAUACGUCACAACAAGUAGGGUCUUUCAAUUGUUUGUGAUAACCAAUGUGGAUUUGGCAACCACAAAAAAAAAAACAUGUCCAAGAAAAUAAUCAAUGCUAAUCACCUCCCAAAUAUGUCAUAGUUGAAAUUAUAAAGAGUUAGCUAAUUAAUCAUAAAGUGCACCUUGUAUAGUAACUCAGAUACAACAUCUAAGCAUUAUCACCUAAACAUGUAGGCUCACACUGCCCAUAAGAAGUACAGCUAAGUUUACAACCUACAUCAGCUGUCAGUUUAUGCUUCGUGUAAUGGUGCACAUAUGGGAACAAGGCUUAAGAUAAUUAAACUAGCAAAGGGCAUCUCAGCAGUAAUGGUAGUUUGCGAAAGGAAAACACAGGGAGGAGGUUGCACUGGAGAAUCCAAAUGUACACAGCCACACUUACAUUGUAUAUUGAAAAAUAUCCGCUUGACUCGAGCGAAGCUGGGCUGGUCUCAGAGUACAACAAACACGGACGUGUGGGAGUGGACUAAUUGAAAUCAAAUUAGCGUUGCAUGAAGUGGAAUGGGAUUGAAUGAAACAAUGCAGACUGAAUUGAAUACGAAUAGACCGGAAAUUAAUGGAACGUAACACCGUGAAAUGUAACUGAAAGGGACGGACUCAGCACGAAGUGGACUGAGAUAGAAGUAUCUGCACUACACUGUUGUAUGAUGUUACGCCUUACACGUUGGCCUGUAUAUAUACUGUACACUUUCUUUGGUGCUCUUAUGAUGAAUGCGCUGUAAACAACAGAUCCAUAGGUUCGACUUAGAAUCACAAGAAAUUUAGCUGCAUACUUUGUUUCAGGUCAAGAAGACAGAUUACAGUUACCUGGGACUCUUGAAUAAUGUAAAAGAUGAACAAAAUCAACAAAGAGUAUCACUGAGCUGCUACAUUCAGUUACUACCUUUAUUCAGAGUGACAGAACUAAGAAUAUAGUGGCACUUUCUUUUACAGUAUAGCAUUUUGAAGAAUCAAAAUAUUAGUCACUUAACACUGUACAGUUCGGUAGAUACAAUAAUUAAAUAGUAUACACAUUUUAUCAUUGUUGUUUUAUGACACAUAGCUAAUUAUGUACAAUAUUAAAAAGGCAAUAAUUUUCUGUCAAUAAUUCAAUAAUUAAACCAUAUAACGCCAUAUUAUUAAAAAAAAUAAAUAAGUGAAACAUUGUAAAUACUGGGGAAACUGUUGUUGAAGCAAGUAUACAUUUGCACCAACAACUACAAAGGUCAUAGUAAAUACAAAGCAGCUGUUAUUUUUGUUAUUUAUUUACAGGUUAUUUAUUUACUAUUUCUGAACUGUAAAACAAAGUGCUACUAUUAACCCUAUGGCAGGACCAGGACUAACUGACCACUGGCUAAACCCCCUACCCUGACUGGUAAUUGUCCAGUCAUACUUCUGCAUCUGUAAAUAGACACAUUUUGAGCUUUGGCUACAGAUAAAAGAUGGGUGUAGCUACUGUAACAUCACCUGUUGGUUUCUGAGUGUUUCUGCCAUCGUUACCUUGGUUGCAAAAAUCCAGAUGUGACGAAGAGGGCAGGUCUGAAACAGAAGGCUCACUGGGCUAAUGACUUGUGAUUGGCAGCUCGUUAGCUAAUGGUUGUGCAGUUUCAUACCACAGAUAAACCCCCCAUUUUUAAACAUAGUCUGACCAAAAUAAAAAAAAUAUAGGGUUAAUUUUUUACUCAGUAUCACUCAGAAUGAGUGACUGAGCCCAUAAAUUCAACAGGAAAGUGUUACACAGGUCAAGGCACACAGCUAUUUUCCCCACAAACUUCUGUAGGACCGUAAAUUUGGUUUUUUUGUAUUCACAGAUUUAUCCCUCUGAUGGCCUUCAGACAGGGUUUCAGCCACUUACGCAUUAGCUUAAUUGUUCUGAUAUGGAAGCUACAUCCAUGUUUUAUACUAUUUAUAGUCAUGCUCAUUAUUUAAAUGCACUUAAGAUAAUAAAAAAAGAUUUAUUUGCCUGCAGUGUGUGUUUUUGGGUUUAGUCUUUUAGCAAGAGCAAGAUCCGCUAAUAGUUAGGACAGCAGUUUUUCAUUAAACUGAUCGGGAAGGAAGCUGAAGACAGCAUUUUCAACCAAUUAGUGCUACUUACAAUAACAUUUUAGUUAAGCUAGCUGAGCUAGCUAGCUGCACCAGUUUUAAUCUGCUAAUUACAGUAGCAGUUGUAAAUGGUAAGCCCUGUUACCGUUUCCAAUUUGUGACCCAUUUGGUGUGACAUUUUGUCACACUAGCUACCCUUUACAAGUAGUAUACAACAUAAGAUUGUAAAGAGACAUAUUUUAACCCAAACCAUGAAAUUUUGCUAAAUUAGGGAUGUUUGUGGCUAAUUGACAGGUUGCUUAAACAUGUUAUUAAUAUCUUAUUAAUGAACAAUGGCAGUUGCAUUAAUAAAAUUAUGCACUUUGAGUGGAAGCUGUAAAGGAGGAAAGGGGAAAGUAAAUAAAUGACAGCCAUGCUAACCAGCGCUGUCCUGCAACACUGCAAAAAGGUGGGGGAAAAUAGUUGUAUCUAAACCUUGUCGGAAUAAACUGAAACUAUAACCAAGCAACUGAAGCCAGAUGUAACCAUAUGGAAGAAACCAAGUCUACUGCUGCUAGUGCUGCUAAAGUUAGCCAAACUCAGCGAAGUAAUCUGAGUGUGCAUGCUGCACAGCUUAGGAACAUUUAAAACAUUUGAUUAACAAGGAAUGUGAUUUUUAUAUAUGAUUUCUAAAACACACUCAAAUUUUUUGUUUUUAAACAUUAGUUGAAUAGUCUAAUAGGUAACAAAUCAGUCACUAGAAAUAUCCCUAUCCUAAACCUAAACUAACUUAAGUACUUUGGCUCUUAAGCCUAACCAAGAUUUUUUUUUAAAUCUCCUAUACAAGACACAAACCACAGUGUCCUGGAUGACUUGUAAUGUGUUUUUAUAGUUCAGACACACAGUGACAUUUGCUCUCUGCCACCUUGUACAAUCUCAGAGACGCCAGCAGCUUCGACAAAAAGUUAGUAUUUAUUGCCAGUGGAAGGUGACAGCUUGGUAGCAGCUGGUUAAAGAAAAUAUGAGAAGCAUGUUUAUCUCUACCUCUGAAAUCAAGAACUCAGUAAACAUUUUGAUGGUAAAUGCCAGUAUUGUUGCAAAUAUGAUGGGAACCACCAGUAACGUCACAACCGUAAGGAGGGCGGGGCCUAGCAACCAGUCAAAUGAGAAGUAUCAUGACCUCGAAUACACUUUGCAGUUUCAUUACUUGAGCUUUUAAGGAGAACCAAUGAAAUGUUUUUCACAGUGUGUAAUUUCAAGUGUAUUGUACUGUAUAUCCGUUUUCUUAAUCCUACUAAUCAGACCUGGGUCAAAACAAGGUUCGAACAUCAAUCUCAUUUAUUACUCCUGUCAAAUUUAUGAAUAACUUAAUAGAUGAAACCCUAAAUAUAUACUAUAUUAUUGAAAGUGUAUGCUAAGUUUAGAAGUUGGGAUGGCAUCCAGAGGGUGGGAGUAUGACCAAAUAAUGUUUGUAUCUGUAAAACAUCAGAAGUUCAAUUUAUUUAAAUACUGAAAACUAACAUUAACCUAUGUGACCUGUGUGAUGACCCAGGUGUGAUGGUCAUUGGUAUACUGUAUAUUGCAAUGACUCUUUUGCAUACGACUGCACUGCCAAACACCUUCUCUUUCUCUCUGUCUGUCUCUUGUGCUCUUGUGGUAGUAGCACUCUAUCUCUGGGUGUCUCUUUCAGCAUGGGGCCAGUUUACUUUAAGCACCAUCACUACAGGAAGUGAUGGAAUAUUACUAGAAAAUUUGAAUCAGUUUGCCUGUAAAGAACAGUUUAUGAGUUCCUAGGGAUGCUGCCUGCAAAUCAACACCCUGCAGCCUGUUUGAGAGCUUUUAUUAUUACAUCACUAUUAAGUAUUGCAGGUCAGUGUGUGAACCUUUUUUAGGGCUUUCCACUGUCCAGUUUUUCCUUUCAAAUCAGUUUAAAAGCAAAUAGGAGCAUGUUUUGGUAUCCCAUUUAAUGACUGAAAGUUCCCAUUUAUCUCCUGCUAUCUGAUGGCACUUAGAUUUAAACUGGCUCCUAAACCUGACUCUCUUUUUUCUGCAUAUUUCUGGAAGUAUAGCUCAUAAGUGGCUCAGUGUGUAGUGAUGUGGUUGAAACUUGAUGAAGUGAGUCUUGUAAAUCAGUCAGUGAGACGUUUAUUCCGAAGUUUGUGAGUAUCCUCUUCACUCUGAGCAAAACGUGUCUGUAUUUGAUACCUGAAAAUGUAAGCACACAACCACUUUUGUCUCAAAGUCUAGUCACUCGUUUCUAAUAGCUUUUUAUAUAGCCAAAAAAAAACCUGUCCCUUUGUUUAUCAAAGAACUUUAUCUUGAGAACUAUAUUAAAUUGCUAAAUGUA